AUGGUUUUCUCUGAAAAGGAAAACUCCAACUUGAAGGAUGAAAGCAACAACACUGGAUUCCAAGUUGACCUUGAGAACUCUGCGUCGUUGGACCAGAAAGCCCAAGUCCAUAAUGGAGACUCAAUCCAGUCUGAUGACUCCUCAAGUGAAACCCCUCCCAUCAAGACCCUUAAGAUCGAACGCAGUCUACGCCAAUUCGAACUAUGGCUAGGUCGAAAAUUCAACAUUGAGACUCGAGGAAUUGAACGAGUAGAGGAGGAAGAUAAAGAGCCACCCCCGCUCCGAAACACAUUCCUAAUGUGGUGGAGUAUGUUUUGCAACCCGGGAGGCCUACCCAUAGGUAUUCUUGGAGCGCAAUGGGGUCUUUCCCUGCAGGAGGCAGUAAUUGGCACUGUUUUCGGUACAAUUAUAGGAGCGAUAUUGGUGGCAUGGUGUGGUGUAAUGGGCUCAAAGCUUGGACUACGUUCCAUGGCGACUUGCAGAUACUCGUUCGGAUACCAUGGUGCUAAACUAAUAUCUAUCUUGAACUUGCUCCUGGGUAUCGGGUACGCUGUCAUCAGUACCACCGUUUGCGGCCAGUUGUUGCCAGCUGCGGCGGACUACAGGAUCUCAACCAGCGUCGGCAUCUACAUUGUGUCCGCCCUAUCCCUCUUUAUCUCUUUCUUCGGCUUCUCACUUAUUCACAAGUUCGAGAGUUACUCAUGGAUACUUGCAUUUGUCCUUUUCUGUGUCCUCCUCGGACAGACAGUGCCAUACAUGACCCCCGAAAUGGUCCAGUUCAACCCUCACCGACCAGGCUUUGCAGCUACUUUCCUGUCAUACCUCUCGUUCACUGCAGCUGGCACAUCUGGCUGGGCUACAGCCAUCGGCGACUACUACUGCCACUACCCUAAGACAGUUCGCCCCUGGAAAAUCAUGGUAUUAACCAUUGCCGGGUUUUCUGCUUCGUCUGCCUUCGUGUCCAUUGUCGGAACCUGCGUUGGACUUGUUGCCCUUCAGUCACCAGAACCCCGCUUGCAACAGGCAUAUGCCUUGCAUGGCUUGGGAGGAAUCGUACAGGAAAUAUCACACCCAGCCGGAUGGGCCAAGUUCCUUGUUGUCAUGAUGCUGUUCACUGUCCUCGGGGGCUUGAUCGCAAACUACUACUCUGCCGGACUGUCUAUCCAGAUCCUAGGCCAACACUUCCGUUACAUCCCACGUUUUAUCUGGAGUUUCGUCAUUGCGGUGCUCAUUACUGUGCUGUCUCUACUGGGCAAGGACCACAUUGUUGAGCUGAUUGGAAAUCUAGGCAACAUGCUUGGAUAUCUGACCGCCGGUUACUCUGUUAUUGUGUUCAUGGAGGACCAAUGGUUCAGAAGGCGCGAUGGGUACGACUUGAAGGCAUGGAAUAACAAGCACAAACUCCCAUGGGGGCUGGCCGCUGUGGGGUCGGUGAUUGUGUCCUACGGCGCUGGCGCUGUACCGGGAAUGAACACAACCUGGUAUAUCGGACCUAUUGCUGCUUUGUUCGGUAACCCAGCGGGCGAUGUUGGUCUUAUCCUGAACACCGUCUUUACUGCUGUUACCUACUUUAUCUUCCGAACGAUCGAGAAACACUUUGUAGGACGGUAG